UUUUAGAAUACUUCUUCCUUUGGGGAUGUAUAUAUCCUGCACCUUCUGAAUUGCAUCUAGAAAUUACAGCCGUUGCUGCUCUGCCAUCACCCCUGCCAGUGUUCUUUUCUAAUCAGUUCUGGCCAACUCUUCUUUCAUGCCUCUGUAAUUCCCUUUAGUCUACUGUAAUGCUGAUACUUCUGACUUUAACAACUUCUCAAGAUUCAGGGUGAAUUCAAUCAUAUUAUGCUCAAUAGCCCCUAAGGGCUCUUGUAGCUUACGCUCUCUAAUCAAUUCUGAUUCAUUGCAGAACACCCAAUCCAGAAUAGCUGAUCCCCUAGUAGGUUCCACCCUGAGUUGUUAUUAAAAGCCAUCUCAUAGGCAUUUUAGAAAUUACCCCUCUUGGAAUCCAGCAACAACCUGACUUUUCCAAUCUACAUGCAUAUUGAAAUCCCCCAUGACUCUUGUAACAUUGCCCUUUCAGCAUGCAUUUUCUAUCUCCCAUUGUAAUUUGUAGACCACAUCUUUACCAUUGUUUAUACAACUCCCACAGUGCCUUUUUACCCUUGCAGUACCUUAGCUCUAUCCACAAUGAUUCAACACCUUCUGACCCCACGUCACCUCUUUCUAAUAAUUUAACUCCAUUUUUUACCAACAGAGCAACACCACCCUGUCUGCUUUUCUGCCUGUCCUUUCGAUACAAUGUGUAUCAUUGGACACUAUACUCUUCUUUCUGCCUUGAUUCAGUGAUGCCUACAACAUCAUACAUGCCAAUCAGAAACUGUUCUACAAAUUCAUCUACCUUAUUCCAAGUAUUGAAGCAUUUAAAUGUAACACCUUCAGUCCUGUAUUCACUCUUUUCAAUUUUUGCUACCCCUCACAUUGCAACUCAUUCUGUUUACUGCAACUUUGCCCUAUCAUCAGCCUCUCCUUGCUUGGAGUCUCACUUCACAUUGCCUCUCUUUGUAAAGCAACUACCUCAUCUUCAGCACUAUCACUCCAGUUCCCAUCCACCUACCAAAUUAUUUUAAACCCACCUGAACAUUUCUAGCAAACCUGGCCGCAAGGAUAUUGGAUUCAGGUGUAACCCACUCACUUUCUACAGGUCAUACCUUCCCCAGAAGAGAUCCCAAUGAUCCAUAAAUCUGAACCCCUGCCCCCUGUACCAGUUCCUCAGCCAUGCAUUCACCUGCCAAAUCAUUCUAUUCUUACCCUCACUGCUACAUGGCACAGGCGGCAAUCCAGAGGUUACUACCCUGUUUCUGAGCUUUCUACCUGGCUCCCUAAAAUCUCUCUUCAGGAAGUCUUCACCUUGUCUACCUUUGUCAUUGGUGCCAAUACUCACUGAGACUUUAGCUGCUCACCCUCAUCCUUGAGAAUGCCAUGGACCCAAUCUAAGACAUCCCUGAUCCUGAAACCAGAGAGGCAACAUACCAUCUGGAUGUCUCUAUCGUGCCCACAGAACCACGUUUCAGUUCCUCUAAGGAAUCUCUGAUCAACACUGCAGUUCUCUUCACCUCUCUGCUCUUCUGAGCCUCAGCACCAGAGACCCCAUCACUGUGGCUCCCCCAGUAGAUCACCACCCUCAAAAGCUGCAUAUUUAUUAUAGAGGGGAAUGGCCAUAGAUAUACUUUGCAUGGGCUGUACACUUCCCCUUUUCCUCCAGCCAAUUGCCUGUCUUCUGCAACCUAGGGGUGACCUUCCUGCAGUUCUUGUCUAUCGCCUCCUCAUUCACCUAUAUGGAUUGAAGGUCAUUUAACCACAGCUCCAGAAUCACAGGAGGUGAAUAUUGGAUAGAGUGUGAGCUGGUGAGCUCCUCCUACUGUUCUCGUAAACCCUCUUAAGCUGCACAGCACCAUUCAGAACUAUCCUUCCCAACCUUGAUGAGUUAUGAGCCAAAGAUUCCUCAGAGUCAAGGUGAAAAGAAUUUCAAAGUAAGUUUAUUAUUCAAGUACAUACACACUAUCCUCGUUAUAUGCGUCUUCAGACAAUGCGGAUUCACAGUUAUAUGAGGAACCUAUUUCUACCAACUUCGCCUUAUAUGCAUCCAAAACUCAGUUAUGCGAGGAGCACUGCUUUCCCGCCAAUACGUCACGUGCGUUCACCUCACAGUCUCACUCCCGCCAGUCUCGCUUUGGUUUUGGCAACGUGCGGAUGUGCGAUCUUGUGCUCUUAAACUUUUGUUGCUUUUACCUACGGUGCAGUGAUUUUGUGCUUGAAAUAUUUAACUAUGCCUCCUAAGCACCUGAUAUCAAGUCCUGGGCCAUCAGCCAAGCGAAAGAGAACUGCUUUAACACUUGAAAAAAAGUUGGAAAUUAUUAACAGGGCUGCAUCAGGUGCAGGUAACACAGCUCUGAGACACUAUUUCAGCCUGGGUGAGUCCACAAUCAGAAACGUAAAGGAAAAUGCUGAGAAAAUAAAAAGUGCAGUGAUUGAUUCAUCACAAGUGUCUUCAAAGAUUGUUACCAAAGUGCGUAAUCCAAUUAUGACGAAAAUGGAGAAGAUGUUGAGUCUGUACAUUGAGCAUGAAACCAAGAAAAAAACAACACUCAGUUCUGAUAAUCUUCAUGUGAAAGUUUUGGAAAUUUAUGGUCGCCUUUGUUCAGAGGCUAGUGAGGAAGUGUCAAGUGAUAUUGUUAGCUUUAAUGCAAGUAGGGGAUGGUUUUCUAAGUUUGUUAAUCAUCAUAGGCUUCACAACUUAGCUGUGCGUGGUGAGCAAACUAGUGCUGACCACGAAGCUGCUGAACGCUACCCUGUGCAGUUGCAGGCUAUGAUAGCUGAGUUAGGCAUCACACCAAAGCAGGUGUUUAAUGCAGACGAGACUGGGCUUUUUUGGAAGUGUAUGCAAAAACCCACUUACAUAAGUAAGGAUGAAAAAACUGUGUCAGGUUUCAAGGCAGCAAAGGAUAGAUUGACUUUGCUUAUGUGUUCCAGUGCCAAAGGAGACUGUAAGAUGAAGCCUCUCUUAGUUUACCAUUCACUAUACCCCCGUGCUCUUAGGGGUUUGAGUAAGAAUAUGCUUCCUGUCCACUGGGCAGCGAACAAGAAAGCAUGGGUCACUGGUCGAAUCUUUGAAGACUGGUUUGCUAAUCAUUUUGCUGUUGAGGCUGAACGCUACUGCCAGGAACAGAAUCUUGCCUUUAAAGUUCUCUUGUUGCUUGACAAUGUGCCAGCCCAUCCUAAACAUUUGGGCAGCAUUCAGUACGUUUCCUGCCGCCUAACACAACAUCGCUGAUUUGACCACUUGACCAAGGUGUGAUAUCCAUGUUCAAGGCGUAGAUUUUACAUCAAACUAUCUCUCAGAUGCUGCAAGCAACAGACAAUUUUGAAAAUCCCGGGAGAUUACCGAUGGUGAGGGAAUGGUGGAAGUCCUUCAACAUCAGACAUACCAUCAACAACAUUGAUGAAUCCUGGAAAGAAUUUUUUAAGGCUGCGGAACACUUGCCAUAAAUGGCGAUAGACAUGGACCCACGUUUAGAAUGGAGUCAGCAUUUCAGUGUUUCCCUGCAGUCAAGCCUUCUUCCCUAAAAGCAAAUUUAUGCUGAAAAACAAAAUGCUGCCAAGCAAACAACUCUCACCACUUUCUUCAAACUGAGGUCAUCUCCUGCUGCCAGCAGUACUGAGAGUUCUGUGAGUCUUCCUUCACCCCUUGCUGUCCUUGAUGAUCCUGACGACACACAACCAUCCACCUCAUCCAUGCAAAGCUGCCCAACACCACAACAACCUCUCAUCUCCCGGAGCAAAUACACCUGCCUCCGUUGGUCCUGAACCCCACUUUGAUGUUUGGAAGCUGCCUGUGUGUUGCACAUCUGGUGCCAAGGGGGUACAAGAUGACCUGGGACAGAUUCUUCUGCAUGGAUGCUAAUCCAUGUAGGGAGGUGCUUAUCAUCUCAGAACUAUAUGUACUCAUAGGCCCAGGGACGCAUACAGACACAAAUCACUUUUAGACUAUUGGAUUCUGAACGCACCCAACAAUUGCUCUCCUUGCCCAAACUUGGCAAUGCUAAGCUGUCAAAGCUAAUGGACUACAUGCUGUCUCUCCUGGGAAGUCACCAUCCUUGUUUUAUUUUUAAAGAACUCUUCAUGCACAAAUGCCCGAUCAAGUUCAGAAAGCCCUUGCUAACAGACCUGUGAAGGAUUAAGGGGAGCUUGCUAUAUUGGCUGAUAGUCUACACUCAGCCAGGCAGAGGUGCAUCAUUCCUCCUCCUUUCCCUGCCUCAAUAGGCCUGGUCAGCAAGAUCUCCAAACAGACAACCUUUGGUCUGUGUUUUUACCACGCUUGCUUUGAUACAAAUGCAGGAUAUGCCAACUGCCUUGCAGUUUCGACAGUGCCAACACAUCAGGACAUUAGAGGUCUGUGAACACCAUAGGUUCCAGCUCCCAGGGAUAUCUACUGUUCAUUACAGACACACUUUCAGGGCAACGCCUCCUGUGUGACAGGGGUGCUCAAGUGAGUGUGCUGACAGCAUCGCCUAUUGAUGAGAAGGCAAAGAGUGUCAAAACCUCACUGGAGGCUGCCAACGGCAGCGGGAUACAAACAGAUGGGUGAUGCUCUGCUUCAGUAGGUGACAUUACACAUAGGACUUUAUUCUGGCUAAAAUGGCUGGACCUCUGCUCUGUGCAGAUUUCCUGCAUGCCCAAGGACUGUUAGUUGAUCUUAGGAACUGCCAGCUUGUGGAUGUCACGAACAUUGUUUCAUUACCCUGCUCCUCCAGUAAAUUCCCCACAAUGAUUCUGUUAAGUACAUAUGCCUCUGCAUAUGAGUUUACACGACAGUUGGGUAAAUUCAAAGUUCAAAGUUAAAUUUAUUAUCAGAGUCACUACAUACAACCCCGAGAUGCUUUUUCUGCAGGCAUACUUAGCAAAUCUGUAGAACAACUGUAAGUGGGAUCUGUAAAUUGUAAAGAUCAGGAACUGGAAACUAAACAUACUGUGCAAAUGCAGAUAAUAAGUAAAUAGCAGUAAAUAAUAAGCAUGAAAUAACAAGAUAAAAGAGUUCUUAAAUGAGUGUAGUUAUCCAUUUUCGUUCAAGAGCCUGAUGGUUGAGAGGUAGUAAUUGUUCUUGAACCUGGUGGUGUGAGUCCUGAGCCACCUCUACCUUCUACCUGAUAGCUGCAGUGAGAAAAGAAUGUGGCCUAGGUGGUGAGGAUCUUUGAUGAUCGAUACUGCUUUUCUAUAGUAACGUUUCAUAUCAAUGUACUCAGUGGUUAGGAGGGCUUUACCCAUGAUGUACUGAGCUGAAUCCACUACCUUUUGUAAGGUUUUCCACUCAAAGGCAUUAGUGUUCCCAUACCAGUCAGCACACUUUCCACCACAUAUCUAUAGAAGUUUGCAGAAGUUCUUAAUAACAUGCCGAAUCUCUGCAGACUCCUGGGGAAGUAGAGGCAUUGUCGUGCCUUAUUUGCAAUUAUAUUUACAUGAUGGGUCCAGGACAGGCCCUCUGAAAAUUAAAGUUACUGACCCUCUCCACCUCUCUUCCUCCAUGAUUCCUUGAUCUUAUUGACAUUGAGUGAAAGGUUGUUGUUAGAACACCAGUCAGCAAGAUUCUCCAUCUCCCUCUUGUAAGCUGAUUCAUAAGCACCUUUGUUGGAGCUGUACAAUUGUAGGCGUAAAGUGAGUAGAGCAGGGGGCUAAGUAAACAUCCCUGUGGUGCUCCUGUGCUGAUGGAAGCUAUGGAAGAGAUGUGUUUGCCAAUCCAAACUGACUGGGGUCUGCAGUGAGGAAAACAAGGAUCCAAUUGUAGAAGGGGGCCCAGGUCUCGAAAUUUACUGGUUAGCUUAGAGGGGAUGAUGGUGUUAAAUGCCGAGCUGUAAUCAAUAGAGCAUCCUGAUGAAUGCAUCUGUACUGUCCAGAUGUUGCAGGGUUGUGUGAAGAGCCAAUGAGAUAGCAUCUGCUGUAGACUUGUUGCUUUGGUAGGUGAAUUGGAGUGGAUCCAAACCACCAUUCAGACAAGAAUUGAUAUGCUUCAACACCAGCCUCUCAAAAAACAUCAUCACUGUGGAUAGUCAUUUAGACAGGUUACCACGAUAUUCUUGGGGACCAGUAUGAUUGAAGCCUGCUUGAAGCAGGUAGGUACUACACACUGCUGUAGCCAGAGGAUGAAGAUAUCCGUGGAUAAACCAGCCAUUUGGUUGGCACAGGUCUUCAGUACUUGGCCAAAUACUCUGUCCCGACCAAAUGCUUUCCUUGGAUUCACUCCCUUCAAGUAGGCCUGCAUGUUGUCUUCAGAUAGUGAGACCAAACGAUUAUCAGGAGACGAGGGGUUGUGCAAUAUUUCCUCCUUAUUCUGGUAAUCGAUAGCAGAGAUUGAGCUCAUCUACAGGCAUUCCUCUCAUGGAUGGCAUUAAGGACACUGUAAUACCAUCAAGGACUGUUCACUGCUUCUCUAACAACAAACCAUGGGUCACUACUGACUUGAAGGCUCUUCUCAAUAACAAAAAAAGCUUUUCAAUCAGGAGACAGGGAGGGAGUUGUAACAUGUGCAGAGAGAGCUUAAGGAGAAGAUCAAGGUGGCUAAAGAGGAAUACAGGGGAGAUCUGGAAACCAAGCUUGGGCAGAGUAGCACAUGGGAGGUGUGGAGAGGCAUGAAAAACAUCACUAGCUUCAAUCAGCUUAGCUGUCGCGCCUCUAACUGCAGCCGUGAAUGGGCUAGCCGGUUCUUCAAUAGGUUUGACAAUUUUCCUCCUGUUCACAUCCAAUGUUCCCUCAGCACCAAUGCCCCCCUCCUCCCUUCUCCCCCCACUCCAGUUCAAUGUGUGGAUGAACAACAGAGGCUACCAGUGUCUACACCCCCUCCUUCACCUACACCUACCAUUCACACUGCUACAUGCCAGCCAGUAUCGUCCUGAUCUUCAAUCCCCCAGCCCCCACCUUCCACUAACUUCCCAGUCAUCAUGGACUCAUCUUCACUACUGAGCAGGUGAGAAGGGCUCUGGGGAAACUCAGACACGGCAAAGCAUUGGGACCAGAUAGUAUGAACCCCAAGAUCCUUAAGAAGUGUGCUGAAAAGUUGUGUGGAGUUGUCAGCACAUUUACAAUUUGAGUCUCAGUCUGGAAAGAGUCCUGACUUUGUGGAAAACAUCAUGUGUGGUCCCAGUACCCAAGAAGGGCCGACCAAAAGUCUUGGAUGACUACCAUCCAAUGGCCCUAACCUCACACAUCAUAAACUCCUUAGAGAGGAUGGUCCUAGCUCACCUCCGACCCCUGAUCAGAUCAGCCCUCGAUAUCCUGCAGUUUGCCUACCAGGAGCACAUUGCAAAUGACAAUGCUGUUAUCUACCUGCUAACCUGAGCCUAGUCCUGUUUGCCCAAGCAGGGCAGCACUGUGAGGAUCAUGUUUGUUUUUGUUUCUCAAGUUCCUUCAUACAACCCCCAUUGCUGGUGGAAAAGCUCCGUUCAAUGCAGGUUGGUGCUUCCAUUCCAUCGUGGAUAAUGGAUUACCUGACUGGCAGACUGCAGCCUCAGAGCUGUGUGUCAGAUAUGGCUAUAAGCAGCACUGGGGCUCCACGGGGGCUGUAUUAUCUCCCUUCCUGUUUCCCCUGUAUACCUCAGUCUUUAGAUACAAUACGGAGUUAUGUCAUCUGCAGAAAUCCUCUGAUGACUCAGCAAUAGUUGGACGUAUUAAGGGAGGACUGGAGGACGAAUGCAGGGUCAUGGUGGAGGACUUUGUCAAAUGGUGCAAGAUGAAUCAUCUGCAGCUCAGUAUCAGUAAGAUGAAAGGGAUGGUGAUGGACUUCAGGAAGGCAAACUUGCACUGCUCCCUGUUACUAUUGAUGGUGAGGAUGUGGAUGUGGUGAGGACCUACAAGCGCCUGGGAGUACACUGGAAACAGAUGUGAGUGGAGCACCAACACAGAGGCUGUGUACAAGAAGGGUCAGAGUGACAUCUACCUCUUGAGAAGACUGAGGUCCAGUGGAGUAUGCAGGCCUCUCCUUCACAUAGUCUCCCAGUCUGUAGAGUUCACAACUGAUGUACAACAUAUCAAGGGGAAAAAUAAUGCCUUAGCCGAUUGCCUCUUGUGGCCAGCCACUGAGGUCAUAAAUAUAGGGGUUGACUAUGCCGUCAUGCCAGCUGACUAAGCUACUGACCCAGAGAUUCAGGCUUACUGAACAGUAGCUAGCAGUUGGCUUGCAUUAAAUUUGGGGCAGCUGGGGUUUCUCUUCUGAGCAAUGUCUCAUCCAUUGGCUCUCAUCCCAUGGUACCUGUAAACUGGAGAUGGACUGUUUUCAACUCCAUACAUGGCCUUUCGCAUCUGUGCUGAAAGGCCUCACAGACAAUGGUUGCACUAAAGUUUGUGUGGCACAGCCUUAGAAAGGAUGCGUAUGAUUAGACUGCAACUUAUGCAAAUUGCCAGUGGGCAAAAAUUAACUCUCAUGUUCAAGCGCCAUUGGCAUCUUUUGAGGUCUCUCAGUGAAUGUGGACCUUGUUGGUCCUCUUCCUCCCUCUCAUGGUUUCAUGCAUCUUACCAUGGUGGACUAUACCACCAGGUGGCCAGAGGUCACCAUUCUAACAUCAACAAUAGCCAUAGAGGUGGCUUGAGUGUUCAUCAGCCCCAAAUCCAAAGAAUUUUCUAUAGGGGCACAAUUGAGAGCAUCCUGACUGGCUGCAUCACUGCCUGGUAUGAGAACUGUACUUCCCUCAAUCACAGAGUUAUGGAGAAAGUGAUGUGGACAGCCCAGCGCAUCUAUAGAUGUGAACUUCCCACUAUUUGAGUCAUUUACAAAGACAGGUGUGUAAAAAUUGCCCGAAGGAUCAUUGUGGACCCAAGUCACCCCAAUCACAAACUGUUCCAGCUGCUACCAUCUGGGAAACGGUACCGCAGCAUAAAGGCCAGAACCAACAAGCUCCGGGACAGCUUCUUUCACCAGGCCAUCAGACUGAUUAAUUCAUGUUGAUGCUGUAUUUCUAUGUUAUAUUGACUAUCCUGUUGUACAUACUAUUUAUUGUAAAUUACUAUAAGUUGCACAUUGCUCAUUUAGACAGAUGUAAUAUAAAGAUUUUUACUCCUCAUGUAUAUGAAGGAUGUAAGUAAUAAAGUCAUUUCAAGUCAAUUCAGUUCAGUUCCUCUGAUUGUGGUCCCUAAUUCGUAUCAGACAUCUGGGCUGCGAUGGCCCCAAACCUUGGUGCUAGGCAACAUCACAUCACAGUCCAGUGGCCCAUGCUGGCGGUUUCACUGCUCCUUAAAGUCUGCUUUGAGUGCUUCCCUGACAAAUGAUUGUUGGACUGAUCGUCUCCCCUGGGUGCUGCUGGGG